UGGGCGGCGGGCGGGCAGCUCCUCCUCGCACACACACCCGGAGCCACCGCGAAGGCGCCUCAGCCGCGGGGACGCGGGACACGCCGGCUUCGCGCCUCGGUGCCGCCGGAGCGCCCCCCAGCCCCCGCCACCUAGCGCGACCCCGGCACUGCGGGUGCCGACGGAGGCCCCGGCGCUCUCCGCAUCGCCAGCCGAGAAAAUCCAGAUAAGAAGAAGUAUUUGACCACACAGUUUUUGGGUGAAGAGAGACAGAAUUGAUGCUCACCACCCCCGUGUCCGCACCAAGAGGCAGGUCACUGACUGCUCUUCCAGGCCAGGACAACGGAGGCAUCAGAACAGGUGAAUAAAGAAGAUGCUAAUGUUUGACCCAGUCCCUAUCAAGCAAGAAGUCAUGGAGCCUGUUUCAGUGUCAUACCCGUCCAAUUACAUGGACCAAAUGAAACCAAACAAAUACAGCGUCAUUUAUUCUACACCAAGUAUGUUGCACAAUAAAUUCUACUCAAACCCCGAAGGACUAUCAAAUGGAAUCCAGAUGGAGCCAGUAGACCUUACGGUGAACAAACGGAGCUCACCACCUUCAACUGGAAGUUCUCCUUCCCCCCUAAAAUUUCAGACUGUGCACAGGAGAACUUCACCUGGAUUGACUCUGUCCUCACCCAGCUCACCUCUCAGUAAGUUCACGCCGUCACCCCCAGGAGUGCAGCCGCUCUCCAUGCCAAUAACCAUCCCACCCGUCAUGGCUGCUGCUCUUUCACGCCACGGACUGAGAAGCCCUGGAAUACUCCCAGUCAUACAGCCUGUUGUGGUCCAGCCCGUUCCGUUCAUGUAUGCCCCCCAUCUCCAGCAGCCCAUCAUGGUGUCCACAGUUCUUGCAGAUGAGAUGGAAACUCCCAGUAGCAUGCCAGUGCCUGUCAUUGAGUCUUAUGAGAAGCCUGCACUGAAGAAAACAAUCAAAGUAGAGCCAGGAAGUGAACCAUCGAAGACUGACUUCUAUCCUGAACAAAUGUCACCUCCAAUGAUGACCUCAUUGUCUCCCCAGCAAGUCAUGUUGCAGGAGAAUCACCCUUCAGUUAUAGUUCAGCCAGGAAAGAGACCUUUACCUGUGGAAUCUCCAGACACGCAAAGAAAACGCAGAAUACAUCGAUGUGAUUAUGAAGGCUGCAACAAAGUCUACACUAAAAGCUCCCAUCUGAAAGCUCACAGGAGAACCCACACAGGUGAAAAACCAUACAAAUGCACUUGGGAGGGAUGCACAUGGAAGUUUGCUCGUUCCGAUGAACUAACGCGGCAUUUCCGCAAGCACACAGGAAUCAAACCUUUUCAGUGCCCAGACUGUGACCGUAGCUUUUCACGUUCGGACCAUCUUGCUCUUCACAGAAAACGCCACAUGCUAGUCUGAAUGUCUUCUGUCCCUGACUCCUGUCACACUUUUUUUUACACAUACAUUUUAAUUUGGAUUCAGCUGGUCUGAAUCUCUGAGUUUAUACCAUUAAAAGCUUAUGUAUGGUCAGUAACAGAUGUUAUCUAACCCUUCUAUAUCCUUGCCACGGGUCAGACCUAAAGAAUGUGAACACUUUUUUUUUUCCUAGGGAUGCUAAGCAAACCCUUUCUGCAGACAGUAUGUUUAAUGUAUUCCAUUGUGAAUAAUGGAAUUUGUAAACUAACAGCUUUUGUUGGUUUCUUCAUAUAAUCAACCCAGCAUAUACUGAUAAAGUAGUAAAUGUUAUUGAAUAUCCAAAAAUGUUAGUCCUUGCCAGAGACUUUUAUUUAUGUGCCCUGUUAAGGAUACACUCUCUUUUUAUACUCAACAAUGCAAUGAAUGGACUCUCCCAACCGUGUUGAUUUCUGCAAGAUGGUUAAUAUGACAGUUUUAGAAAGACACUUGAUUUAGAAAUCCCUUCUGCCCAAACAGUGAAUAACACUGUAGAAAUAAAUCUAAGCAAUAUAAUUACUUCACAGAAAGAUUGAGUCAGAGUAUCAUUUACUCCAGUCAAGAAGAAAACUUGUCAGGAAUUGAUCCAUACAUAAUAUUGUGCAUCUAAACCAAUGUCAUCUGUCCUCUGUAUUAUAGUGUAGUAUACGUCCUUGGUUUUAUUGCAUAAUGUCCUGGUGGAUUUGUUCCAUGAAGCCCUUGUGUGACACUGUAUGUCUGGUUUCUGUGCAAGCGUAUGAAUGGAGCACACACUGUACUCUCCUGUGACAUGGCAUUGAAUGAUAUCCAUAGAAACCUACCACACCUCAUUUCAGGAAUACAGAUUAUCCCUCUACACUCAGUUCCUUACGUUGCUUCUAAGUAAUUUUUUCUCUUUGCUGUACCUCAGAGAAUAGCAAUCAUUACAUCAAAAAUGCUCUGAACUGUAUUGUUAUGAGUGCCACUUUAAUACACUACAGUAUUUAAAAUUAUUAAUCCACAAGAUUUUUAUGAGAAGAUAGCAUCAGAUAUGAAGCACUUCUGAUGACAAAUUGAGUCAUGCAUCUGUUUUGGAUAAAAACAUAUACUACAUCAUCCAUUUGAUAAUUCUGAUUUGUGACUCCGGUGGUCUCUCAACAGUAGGUAGCUAAAGCUUUCCUGUGGAUGUGCCUAUUGCAUUAAAAGGUCACAUCAGCAAGUCUUCACUGCUCUGUCAGUUAGCAAACAGCUUGAUAGAUAAACUGAAUUCAAACCACCUGCAGUCAACCCUAGGGAUGCUCUUGUUUCUUGAAGCCUGGGAGGUUUCUUUCUUUAUUAGCUGGCAGACUAUGUGGUACUGCAAGGAAACGGUGUGUAAUUCUCCAGGCUUUCACGCACUACUGCAUUUUUCUUAUUUCCCCUACGUAAGGCAAACACCAUUCCCUGCAAAUUAAACAUACCGAAGUCCAAUUUUCAUUUCUCUUGGAAAAACCCACUGGAAAAGGGAGAGGUGAGAGAAGGAGGAGUUUCACUAAAUUCUCCAUGAGGAGGCAGGUGGAGUGUCUGCCCGCAGGUGGGUAUAUUGGAGCUCAUGGAGCAGGUGGGCUGUGCUGCUAACUCCUGUGGAGUCCCACAGCAAACUGAAAUAAUCCUGCAGGUGCAACAACUUGAGUGCAAGGAGCCUUCCCUUGGUGAGAGGAGUUUCCCAGCUGCCGUGCUGACGUCCAUGUACCUGUACAAUUAGAGGAUCUGUACUUAACUGGAGAAAGAUGAUCCUACAGUGAUUGCUGUGAAAUAGCUUUAUCCCAGUUGUUUAACAAACGUUAUGUGUGGGAAUAUGGAACAGGCAAUUUUAUUUGAGGAGUAGAGCCCUGAACGUGUGCUCUACAAACAGGAGAAUGGGGAUUUGCAAAGCAGGGCUGGGAACGUUGUUGCAAAGCUUUUGUGAGGAAGGUCUGUGUGCUCUGUUACAGCCCCAUACAUCUCACCACUUUGCUAGGACCGAGGGACAUUGUGCCAGAUGUGUCCCCUGAAAAACCUGGGACAUGAAUUGGGCUUUUUUUGGUGGGCUGGGUUGGUGCUAAUGUUGAGAAACUGGCAGGGAAGAGUAUGAUACUCACGAGCAGCUGUUCUAGAAUGAGGAUUUUCAUUGGAUGUUCUUGCUGUCAGUGGUAGCAGAACUGGCCUCCUUCAUAAAGGUCUGGGUUCUAAUGGCAGUUCCAGAAAUGCAGACACAUCCCUGAGGCUGCGCGGAGCCCCUGUAGCACCAGUCACAAGUCUACAGAUAUGGAGUAUCCUGGGAUGAAAACAAUUCUCCAUUAUAUUCCAUAGAAAAAAGCAGAUGAGAUCCUAUAAAAAUAAGCUGCUUAAUGGCAACUGGUCCCAUUUUUAUCUUAACAAAUGCAAAUGCAUAAAAUCUGGGGUGUUUAAGGAACAUUUCUUUCCAUUGUUCUAUUUCUCUUCUAAGGCUUUCACAAUAUGUUUGAUAUCUUAAGCUGUUUUUGGGGGGCUGGGUUGGUUUAUUUUUAAAUUAGGAACAUAAAAUCAAGUACCCUACAAGCAAAACUUCGUUUUAACUAAGAGUUACUUUGGAGAAUUUAAUCUAGGCUAUUUGCUAUGUUCAUUCAUUAGCCUAUGUACCUUGUUCUUGAAAAUAUCUCUGGUAAUGCUGGGGAGAAAUACGGUAGAGAUUCAAUAGAACUUUAAAAUGUGUUUAUCUGUGUGCCUUGUGAUUUAGGACAACAGAAAUUUAAAUCUUUGAGAUUAUUUCAUGUAAAUGCCUCACAGGAUUUUUCAUGUGUGUCUGUGGUGUCUUUUUGUGGGGUGUCAAAAAAGUCACGAAGGUGCUUUCAGCUAAAAAUGUGCAUUUACAGCUCAGCUGACUCAUUGAUUCAUUUUAGCAAAAUUUUAUUUGAGUUGUAUCUCAUAAUUUUUAAAUAUACACAACUAAAUACUUUUUAAAACCAGUCCAUCCAUCUUUGCCCUAAAGAGAAGCCAGUUUAGAUAUACAUACAGAAAACCCUAAUCCUACUGGAUGUGUGUAUUUUAAAAAGCUCACCUUUUUCCUUAGCAGUAUUGCACUGUGCAGUGUGUUACAGGUAAUACUGUUAUACUAAAAUGUGCCUGUUUAAGCCAUUUGACUAUAAUGAAUUAGUACUUUCUAGGACAAUUGCAAAAAGCUAAGCAGGUAUUACUGUGUGUGGUUUUAUUUAAAUAUAGAUGUCAUUCUGCAGUCAUAUUUCCAAUGCCACAUCUUGCCCAAAAACGUUGUUGUCUCUGUCAAGGUUAGCAGCAUGUAGAUGAACACAAAUCCUUUCUAUAAAAAAUUACAAAGCAUUUUACGUAUCUUAAGAGGGCUACACCAUUUUUCAUUGUAUUUUACAGAUGUUAGCACUUUUUUAAAUUGUAUUUUAAAUAUUAGAGUGUCAAAGUAUCUUUCUGCUUAGCAUCUCUUACCUGCAAAUAUAGCAGGGAUGUUACCUUUAAUACUUGUAUAAACUAUGCAGAAAUUUUUUAAUAAAAUGUAAUAUAUUUUAUAAGCUAAUAAGACUGAAAGGGUAAUUAAAGGUUUCUAGCAUGCAUUACUAUAACUUGCAAACAUGGAGACAUUUUGGUAAUCUUUUCUUACUGAGGAUGUGAACGUUUAAUGUACUUUCACUGUUUCUACUUUGGUAGUCCAAUGGGAAUUCAGUAAUGACAUUUUGUCAUGUCCAACUGUGAACACAGAUUUGUACUGUACAGUUCUCAUACUAUAUUUAGUAUACAAGGCCUAUGUAUUAUACUUGUUAAUAAAACCCUCAGACUAUU